UGUACAAAUGGAGAAUAUUUUGGUAGAAGCAUCUUUUGCAAAAGCAAAUAAGUCAUGGUUAAAAACUGCUAAAGAUCCAGAGUCAAGAUGUUACUGGUUAAUUAGCCAUUAUGGAAAAGCACAUUCAUUGUUUUUCGCAGUAUAUUUUGGACCAAGUUUCAUUAGUGUUGACUUGGUAGAUUGUGCAUUGAAAAACGAUGCGAUAUUGUCGCGAUAUUUUCUUCAAGUACUUAUGGAAUGCUAUGGGGAACCCGACGAAAGAUUAAAUGAGCUUAGGUCUAAUCAUAGCAAUAGUAAUAAUUUAGAGAGACACUUUGAAAAGUUGUGGGGCUCGGAUUUACCAUUAGAUGUCUAUAAAAAAUUAUUAGCAGAAGGAAAACGUAGAUGGAAUGGAGAAUUUUAUUUAAAGGGUAAUGAUCUUGAUAGGUUUUGUUCCUUGAAUAAGGAUAAUGCGGAUAAUGCAGAUAAUGUAUUAAAUGACAUUAAAAGAACUGAUGCAUUUGAAAGUGAAGAAACAUUGAUAAUGGUGUCUAAGGCAAUUAUUGCUCACCCAGAAUUAGUUGACAUGUGGAAAGGAAUUGGUUAUGAGACAAUUUGUUAUGAUUAUAAAGAAUGCUUGUUUGAAAUCAUUGGAGGUGGAGGGAGCUUGGAGAAAACCACCUGUGUUCUAGAUUUUUUAUUUCAACAAAUUGAAGGAAGUCCAGAAAAUAUUUUUCUAAAAAUUUUAAAACAUUAUAAAAUUGGAGAAACCAAUGUUAGAAAUGUUAAUGUCAAUGAUGAAAACUUGGAACACUUGAAACUUUUUUCAUUUGAUUUGUGUAUUUAUCAAUGGAUAUUGGAAAAUUUCAAGCCUUAUCCAAUCAUUAUAUCAAAAUGCUUUGUUGAAAUUUUAUUAACUAAAAGUUAUUUUGAUUCAAAUUCUUCAAUUUUAACAA